AUGGCAACUUCUGCCUCUUCUGUCCUUCUGCGACAAAAGAUUGUAAAAAGAUGUAGGGAAGACAUUUACCAGUUUUUGAACGACGAAAACGGGCAGAUAGCGAUCUAUGAUGCGGUCAAUCCACUGGCUUCCGGCCGGCGAUCUCUUGCAAAAGAAUUUGCAAAGCAUGAUAUAGAGACUCUGUUUAUUGAGUCAUGGUGUGACGACGAGCGCAUCAUCGAAGAGAAUGUCCGCAGGGUUAAGAUAUCUUCGCCCGAUUACGUCGGAUGGACUUCUGAGGAAGCGGUAAAGCACUACUUGACCCGGAUAACUGCUCGAAUUCCCCAGUUCCAGACCAUGGAGGAAAAGGACCUCAAUUACAUAAAAAUGAUCAAUGCAGGGGAAAGGUUGAUUGUGAACAAUCGGAGUUUCGGCUAUCUUUCUCAUAGAAUUGUGUUCUAUCUUCUCAACCUACACAUAAAAUCAAGACACACAUACUUUGCACGCGCCGGUGUCUCGCUAGAAGCCGGUUCAUAUAAAGCAGACGCUUCGCUAUCCGAGCAAGGGGAAGACUAUGCGAGGAAAAUGACGGAGUGUUUGAUCAAGCAUAGGGAAGAUGAGAUGCAGGCAAUGGCUAAUCAAGGCGGGAUCGAUUGUGGACUCAAACCCCUGACGGUCUGGACAUCCACCCGACGGAGAACAAUCGAGACUGCACAAUAUCUCCACGAGACUGGGUACAAGGUUCGACAAAGAUCGCAGCUGAGUCAAUUGAAUCCCGGUGUCUGUGAAAAGAUGUCGGAACGGAAAAUUCGCGAAGAAUAUCCCGACGAGGUUGCAAAACAUGAACUUGAUCCCUAUCACCACAGGUAUCCUCGAGCUGAGUCAUACCACGAUUUGGCCGUGCGUCUCGAGCCCGUUAUCUUGGAGCUUGAGCGGGAGCAAAAUGAUCUUCUUAUUAUUGCUCAUGAGAGCGUCUUGAGGGUUCUAUAUGGCUACCUCAUGGCAUGCAACGCAGCGGAUAUUCCAUUCCUAGAGUUCCCACGUGACGAGAUCAUUGAGAUUAUCCCCGAAAGCUACCAGAACGAGGCGCGCAGAAUUCACAUUCCCGGACUUCCAAAGGAGAUCAUUCCAGGCUCACCGGAGGAUAUAAAGAUCCCUGUGCCCAGUGAAGUGAAUACUCCGUUAGUCGGUGGGAUAGGCAGCCCGAAGGAAGGGUUCUCGACCCCGCAGAGCGGCCUUCGCACUCCUCGUGAGCCUGAAAGGAUUUCGCAACAGCAUGUCGAAGAUGUUGUCUAG